GCCGACUGAAUAAGCGUCUCAGGAUCUUCGUCAUGACUCUUAAAUCUGGGCCUGUCAGUUCGCCCCAGCCUUACUCGUCUCUAAGCAGGGCAUGGGGUUUACAGAGUUCAACCAAUCAUAUAACGCCGAGAUCAGGUUGCCAGGCAGAUUAUGCUAACGAUACCCCGCCUUUUAUGCUGCUCCCACUCUGCGGCGGGAAGAACCACCUGGAGGUGGCGGGGGGGUUUGAUUUCCAUCACCCCUAGGGAGAGAGGACCGGGGACCCGCUGAUCUUCCAGCUCCCCUCACCCAACGUCGUGCGCAUUGCAGAGAGGUCUUUUUGUCCUUCAUGAACACUCACGUGGUGGACAGAUGACUGUCCUCCACCCUGCCCUGCCCUAGGUGCCCUGGACGUGGAGCUGUCCAGUAGGGAAAGGAUGGAUUCCAAAGAUGAAAGCUCACACGUGUGGCCUACGUCUGCAGAACAUGAAGAGAAUGCUGCACAGGUGCACUUUGUUCCAGACGCUGCAACUGUGGCUCAGAUCGUCUACACCGAUGACCAGGUUCGCCCUCCCCAGCAGGUGGUGUACACGGCAGAUGGUGCCUCCUACACGUCAGUGGAUGGCCCGGAGCAUACGCUGGUGUACAUCCAUCCUGUGGAAGCUGCGCAGACUCUCUUUACAGACCCAGGCCAGGUAGCUUAUGUCCAACAGGAUGCUACAGCUCAGCAGGCCUCAUUACCAGUGCAUAACCAGGUGUUACCUUCAAUUGAGAGUGUGGAUGGGUCAGACCCUUUGGCAACUCUGCAGAACCCUAUGGGUAGACUGGAGGCCAAAGAGGAAGAGGAUGAGGAUGAGGAUGAGGAUACCGAGGAAGAUGAGGAAGAAGAUGGUGAAGACACAGACCUGGAUGACUGGGAACCAGAUCCACCUCGGCCCUUCGACCCUCACGACUUGUGGUGUGAGGAGUGUAAUAAUGCACAUUCUUCAGUGUGCCCAAAGCAUGGCCCCUUGCAUCCCAUCCCCAACCGGCCUGUGCUCACGAGGGCGAGAGCGAGCCUCCCCCUGGUCCUCUACAUCGACAGGUUCCUCGGAGGAGUGUUCUCCAAAAGGCGCAUCCCCAAGCGCACCCAGUUUGGCCCAGUGGAGGGACCCCUCGUCAGGGAGUCCGAGCUGAAAGACUGUUAUAUUCAUUUAAAGGUUUCUCUUGAUAAAGGGGACAGGAAAGACAGAGACCUGCAUGAGGACCUCUGGUUUGAGUUGUCUGAUGAGACCCUUUGUAACUGGAUGAUGUUUGUGCGUCCAGCCCAGAAUCACCUGGAGCAGAACCUGGUGGCUUACCAGUACGGCCACCAUGUGUAUUACACAACAAUAAAGAAUGUGGAACCCAAGCAGGAGCUUAAGGUGUGGUAUGCUGCGUCCUAUGCUGAAUUCGUGAACCAGAAAAUUCAUGACAUUUCUGAGGAAGAAAGGAAAGUUCUUCGAGAGCAAGAGAAGAAUUGGCCCUGCUAUGAAUGUAACCGCCGAUUUAUAAGCUCAGAGCAGUUGCAACAGCAUCUCAAUUCUCAUGAUGAGAAACUGGAUGUGUUUAGCAGAGCAAGAGGCAGAGGAAGGGGACGAGGCAAGAGGCGAUUUGGCCCAGGUCGACGGCCAGGGCGUCCUCCAAAAUUUAUCCGCUUGGAAAUAACCAGCGAAAACGGGGAAAAGUGUGAUGAUGGGACACAGGACCUGCUACAUUUUUCCACCAAGGAACAGUUUGAUGAGGCUGAACCAGCUACUCUGAAUGGGCUGGAUCAACCAGAACAGACCACUCUCCCAAUCCCUCAGCUGCCACAAGAAACCCAGUCUUCUCUGGAGCAUGAGCCAGAAACUCACAGCCUCCACCUGCAGCCCCAGCAAGAGGAGAGUGUCCUGCCCACCCAGAGCACGUUGACGCCCGAUGACAUGCGCAGAGCCAAGCGCAUCCGAAAUGCAGCUCUUCAGCAUCUGUUUAUUCGAAAGUCCUUCCGGCCUUUUAAAUGUUUGCAGUGUGGGAAGGCCUUUCGUGAAAAGGACAAGCUGGACCAACACCUGCGCUUCCACGGGCGGGAGGGGAGCUGCCCCUUGACCUGUGACCUCUGUAACAAGGGCUUCAUCAGCAGUGCCUCCUUGGAGAGCCACAUGAAGCUCCAUUCGGACCAGAAGACUUACUCUUGCAUUUUUUGCCCAGAAUCCUUUGACCGCCUUGAUUUGUUGAAAGAUCAUGUGGCUAUUCAUAUCAAUGAUGGCUACUUCACCUGCCCAACUUGUAAGAAACGCUUCCCAGAUUUUAUCCAGGUGAAAAAACACGUGCGAAGCUUCCACUCAGAGAAGAUCUACCAGUGCACAGAGUGCGACAAAGCCUUCUGUCGUCCUGACAAACUGCGACUCCACAUGCUCCGACAUUCGGAUCGCAAAGAUUUCCUGUGUUCGACGUGUGGGAAGCAAUUUAAGCGAAAAGACAAACUACGGGAACAUAUGCAAAGGAUGCAUAAUCCUGAGAGGGAGGCCAAGAAAGCUGACCGCAUCAGCCGCUCCAAGACUUUUAAGCCUCGGAUCACGUCCACUGACUAUGACAGCUUCACGUUCAAGUGCCGCCUGUGUAUGAUGGGCUUCCGGAGACGAGGCAUGCUGGUAAAUCACUUAUCAAAGAGACACCCAGACAUGAAGAUAGAAGAGGUGCCAGAGUUGACUCUACCCAUCAUAAAACCCAACCGUGAUUACUUCUGUCAGUACUGUGAUAAGGUUUAUAAAAGUGCCAGCAAGCGAAAAGCCCAUAUUCUGAAGAACCAUCCAGGGGCUGAGCUCCCACCAAGCAUUAGGAAGCUUCGUCCUGCUGGCCCCGGAGAACCAGACCCCAUGCUGAGCACCCACACCCAGCUCACGGGCACCAUAGCUACCCCUCCCGUCUGCUGCCCUCACUGCUCCAAACAGUACAGCAGCAAGACCAAGAUGGUACAACAUAUUCGAAAGAAGCAUCCAGAGUAUGCCCAGCUCCCUAACACCUUACAUACACCACUGACGACAGCUGUGAUCAGUGCUACCCCAGCAGUUCUAACUACAGAUAGUGCCACUGGAGAGACUGUGGUGACAACGGACCUGCUAACCCAAGCCAUGACAGAACUGUCCCAGACCUUAACCACAGAUUACCGAACACCACAAGGGGACUACCAGAGAAUUCAGUAUAUCCCUGUGUCACAGUCCACAUCGGGUCUUCAGCAGCCUCAGCACAUACAACUGCAAGUGGUGCAAGUGGCCCCGGCCACUUCCCCUCACCAGUCUCAGCAGUCCACUGUGGAUGUUGGCCAGCUCCACGACCCUCAGACCUACACCCAGCAUGCCAUCCAGGUGCAGCACAUCCAGGUCACUGAGCCCACAGCCUCGGCACCAUCCUCAUCCCAGCCUCUGAGCCCCUCUUCCCAGCAGUCUCAGCAGGGGCUCAGCCCCUCCCACAUACAAGGUGGUUCUUCUGCACAAGGCCAGGCCCUCCAGCAGCAGCAGCAGAGUUCCUCUGUACAACACACCUACUUACCCAAUGCUUGGAAUUCCUUCCGUGGCUAUUCAUCUGAGAUUCAAAUGAUGACACUUCCCCCAGGUCAGUUUGUGAUUACAGACAGUGGUGUGGCAACUCCUGUCACCACUGGUCAAGUGAAGGCCGUUACUCCGGGUCAUUAUGUGUUAUCAGAAAGUCAACCAGAAUUGGAGGAAAAGCAAGCUUCUGCUCUCUCCGGGGGAGUCCAGGUUCAGACAACUGCACACAGUGACUUGGACCCCCAGACCACCAGCCAACAGCAGCCCACACAGUACAUCAUUACAACCACCACCAACGGGAAUGGGAGCAGUGAAGUGCAUAUCACUAAACCUUAACUUCUGUCCCUGAGCUAGAAUGGAGCAGUCACAUCCUGUUUCUCAUUCAUAAGUCCGAAAGCUUCUGACACUUAGAACUCUUUUUUAAGAUUUAUCAUUCACUCAAGAGUUUGGAAACUACAGUUUUGACACUCAUACAUACACUGGGACUUAUUUUCUCAAGGUCAUAUUUACCAAACUGACUCUUCAAACCCUAGGAGUUUCUGCCAUGGAAUGCAGAUCUUUCAGGGGAAAGUAGAUUUCAAGAUGGAGAAAAUUUGCCUUGCUCUUGAGUUGGUUUUUUAACACAUUGAUAAGCCUUACUUUUCCUUUGUGGAAAUAUUAAGUGGUGUAUUGUGUUUGUACCAAAGGUGGAGAAAGGAUGUGCCAAGUCCAUGGCCACUGGACUUCUUAAUUCCAAGCCGUGGCACCAAAGGAGAAGGGGCAUUUUAUGGGUGUGUGUUAGGUCAGAACUACUUCAUCUUGUGAGUCUGUGUUUUCAGUAAUUUAACAAAGGGAGCCUACUGAAUAUGAAAAUAAAAUUGAUGAAACAAAGGUUUGACAGUGAUGUUCUGAAAGAAAAACUGCCAUCUAAAUUUUUUUUCUUAUUGCUGAUUUUUUUUUUUUAAUUGCCUUUUUUGGAAAACUGUUGUUGGGCUAUUGGUAGUGCUUUCCACAGAUGAUGGCCAUCAGCAGAUUAUGGUAGAACCUCACGUUCAGAUAGAUCUGACUUGAUUACUCCACGAUGGUGGACUCCCUGUAAGAGAAAAGGUUACUUGAUGUCAGCAGAAUUUCAACUCCUACGUUAAAGCAUUGCCUCCCUUUCUCUGGUUGUGGUUGUAGUAAGAGGAUAUUGGAGAUACUGGUACCAAGAAAAAUGACUAAAACAAUUAUAGAUAUAAAGUAAAAAGCACUGAAACCUUGUCCUGCCUUACAGGACCCAUUUACCAUUCAUCAGUAAAGGAUGAAUUCCUUGCUCUUACCAUGUGUACAUUCAAUUCUUGCUCACAGCAUUCAGUGUAUUUUAGUACUUCUAAUGCUAUCUUAAAAUGAACAUUCUUUAAGGUUGGAUGGAAAGGUGGCCCUCUUUAUUUCUUAAUAUUUUUAACUUUAAACAUAUUGCAACUCAUCUGGACCUUUUGGUAAGAUGACCAACUUUACACUUAGGGAAAAACAAAAAUGUGGGGAACAUUUAUAAUAUGUUAAGGUAAUUAUAAGGGGUUUGGAGGAAAUCCAGUCUUUAUGAAUAUUACAGUUAGAUGGGAGAUGAAAGAAAAUCUGCCUCGAUAGUUUUCCUUAUGUGUGUUCCUGUUUAGAGUCUUGUUAGCUAUGAAUUCAAUGGGGAAAAAUAUUUCCUUUCUUUUUACUGUACAUUCCAGUUGUACACAUAAAACAUUGCAGAAAUCAGUAUGUAUUUUAACAACUUUUUGUGACGUACUAACACAUUUUUAGAAUAAUUAUUGCAUGGUAGAAUUUAUCACUCCAGAAUAGAAAGACCUAACUUCAGUUUCAAAUGAAGUUAACUAAUUUAUUUUAUUUACAUUUCUGGGUAAGAACUGGUUCUAUAAAUUAAGAAGUAUAGUAGCUUCUCUAUAGUAAAGAUAUCUUUCUGAAAAGUAAACAGUUCUGUUGAAAUAACUUUACUAAUGUGUAGAUUUUGCACUUUAUUUUUGAGACCUCAUUCAUUUAGUUAUCCUUGAAAAUUUGGGCACUAAAAGAACUUGAGAAAGUUACUCAGUAAAUGCGUAGAAACUGAAAAUGGACUCUCUAUCUUUGGUAACAAAGAGUCACAAAAUAGAGACUCGGGGUCCCAAAGUCCCAUAAUGUAAUGACUGUAAAUAUCCCCGUGUCCAGUCUACAAAGACUUGCUAGGUGAAGAAUAUUAGACUUUCCUAAAGGUCCAGUUUAAUUUUUAUACUUUAAAUUUGGCCCUAUUGGGUCCUUUUUAAUUUGAACCAACAAGGUACCUCCCGUCCCCUCAGGAAUAACUUAUCACUGAGUGGAAUGUUCAUUUUAUGCCAGUUAUUUCAAGUUUUAAAAUACACAAACAAAAUAUUGUGGAAGGACCUCUUUGUCUCCUUCCCAUCUAAGUUUUUUUUUUUCUUUUUUCUUUUGCCCUUAUGUGGAAUAAGUAAAACUAAUUUGUAUAUUAUUCACCAGAGAUGCAGGUGGCUGUCAAGCCAAACAACACUGCGUUAAGAUCAGGUAUUCUGCACAUUCAUUCCAAGGUAAUAGAUUUUCAAAAGGCCUUGGAUUUGAAGAGAUGGCAGAUUAUAAGCCAUCUGAGGACCCAAUUCGGAAAAAAUGUACGUAGCCAAUGUUUAUACUGUGGCCUCUCUUAAGACACAUUGGCACUGCAGACUUUGAUCAGUGCAUUUGAAAAUUUUGGAGUAGGUUACAUAUAGAUUUUACAUUUUUAUUGUUUGAUUUCUGCCCACAUAAAUAGACAUUUCAUCAUGUAAAAUUCCUGUUAUUCUGGAUAAACCUAUUGUUUUGAUCUUCUUCAAUUAUUUUCUGAUUUGGAAUUAUCCUUUCAAGAAACUUAAGAUGUCUAGAGCUAAAAAGCACUUCAUGAGACGCUAAAGAUGAUCCACAGGUUGAAAAUGUUGACCCUAUCCUGUUAUUUAAAUGUGAACAUUUAUUGUACAUUCAGUGAGUUAUAGUGUUAAUAGUGUUGUGCUACUCAGCAGGUGUAAAAAUUAAUAAAUAUUUUUUUUAAUAAACUUCCUUGUUUGUGUGUGUGA